GCUUAGAGCAACGACAGUGUUGUAGCAGCAGCCACAGACGAGCUGCUGGGUAAACAACAGUAGAUGCCUCGGAAGGCAGGAAUGGGAACUUCGUCGAGGGCAAACAGAUUUCACCUCGCAUGUUACAGAAAGGACCGUAUCACAUUUUGAAAAAAAGGACUUAGACCCAGGUGUUGUAAGAUGCAGUGGACAGAGGCCUAGGGAUUAAUGCGAGUGCUCUUGGUGUUUGCCCUGUGAGGACGGACCUGCCACCAUGAAGAGUGAGGUGCCAUCUGAGGCGGCCAGCAGACAGGAGCAUCUGAAGGAGCCACUGGUGAACCCGGAGCCCAUGGAGGCGGCCAAGAGCUUCCCUAACAACAUGGAAGUGAUUGGAAAGGGGGGUGGCGAUUUUGAAACCCUGUGUGAGUCCAGGCAUCGUCCUCUGAGGGACACGGGAACACACAAAGACUCAGAACGGAGCCUCCCUGGGCGCAGAAAAAGAAAAGGCCAACAGGCAGGGCCUUCAGACUGCUCGUUGAAAGAGGGCCACAUCAGCGAGAGUUCGCUGGCGCCUCAGCGUCCCAGAGUAGAACUAUUACAGCAACCCAGCGAGGACGAACAUAACCACGAGUCCUCUUUUAGUGACUGUGCUUCAUCCCCUUCGUCAAGCCUGAGAUUCGGGGACUCGGACACUCUCAGCUCAGAGGACGAGGGGGAAGCCGGAGCAACAGGGGGCCAACAAAAGGCUCCCGCCCUGACUACAGGAGCAGCCACUGGAGUUAACCUGCGCCCUGUUCUGGGUCGAACUCGGGGGAAUCGCUCUCAUAAAUGGGUGCGGUCUGAGGCUGAGCCUGUGCUGCUGAAGCGGCCGUGUCUGAGCAGCCGGCGGCCUCUGCAUAGGAAGCGCUUUGUGAAAACGACUGCUGGAGGUGGUCAGCGGACUCAGAAGCAGAAGGAGCGACUACUACUGCAGAGAAAGAAACGUGAAGUGAUAGCACGUAGGAAGUACGCUCUGUUCCACAGCACCAGUAGUUCCAGUGAGGAUCUGAGCAGUGACUCGUCCUCCCCUUCUUCUGCUGAAGCAGAAGAUGAGCUGUACGUGGAUGUCAGCAGCACCAGCAGCCAGCCCAACAAUGCUACUGUAGCCACAGGUGCUCUGGAUGAAGAUGUGGUGGUGAUCGAGGCGUCUCCAGCUCCAGCCACUGCUAUCCCUGCAAGCGAGGAGAUCAAUGUCACCUCAACAGACAGUGAGGUGGAGAUAGUCACAGUUGGAGAUGGAUUCAGGUCACGCUCAGUGGGGGGUCUUGGCAGGAUUUGGGCUAACAGUUGCUCCCAGAAUCGCCUUCAGGAGCCGCGGGGACGUCACAGACUCUCCACAGUCAUUCAGCCACUGCGUCAGAAUGCUGGGGAGGUGGUGGACCUCACAGUCGAUGAAGACGAUCUCUCAGUUGUGCCAACAACGUCUGGCAGCAUUCACAGUCAAACAGUCAGGUCGUCCUCAUCAUCAUCUUCCCAUCAUGCCUCUACCUCAGAGCUCAAUGAUGCCCCAGGCCCUUCCACUAGCUGCCCAGGUUCAAUACCUGAAAGUAUGCACACACAGAGGCCAAGUGGCUCUGCUCGCACAGCCACAGAGGAUGACAGCAGACCAGGUUUGUCAGGUACAGUGGGAGAAGGCGCCGGCGCAGCCAUGCCCAGACUCCCGUCCUGCUGUCAGCAGCACUCCCCGUGCGGAGGCCCCUCCCCUGGUCACUUGUCCCUGAGCCACCCCCAUUCAAGCUGCUUGCAGGCGUCGUCCUCGCAGCAGCCCGGAGGCUCUCAGCACAGCCACAGCCACAGCAACACUCACCACUUUGUCCACCAUGUCCAUCACCCAGCACCGCACCCACCGGGCACUGUGCCCUUUCAAGAGGCGAGCUGCCCCGUGGAGCGGCCCACCGCUCUGCCCGCCCCCUGCGCUGGAGUCAGCAGCAGCAACAGCAGUAGUAGCAGCAACCCAACCCACUACCACGACCAGCAAACUCUGCCAGUGGACCUGAGCAACAGCAGCGUUCGGAGCAGUGGAAACGGUGGGGCUAGUUUCCAUGGCAGCACGUCGGCCUUUGACCCAUGCUGCCCGGGCUCCACCUCGCGACCCCCUGCUUAUGUUUCCCAUGCAACCCCUGGGCCCAGCCAGCCGACGGUGGUGGACUCAUUCAGCUCCUCCAUGGUGGCUCAGCCACAGUCGCAGACACAACCGCAGACCUGCAGACAUUACAUGCACCCAUCUUAUGGCUCUCUAACACGUUCGCUGCACCAUCAGCCCUCCUCCGCCUGCCCUCAUUCCCACGGGAACCCCCAACUCACACCUCAGCCUCCCCAACAAGGAGAAUAUGUCAUUCCCCACACCUUUCACGCACCACUGCCAUCUCACCCUUCUGGCCACGCUGUGCCACCUGCCCCUCCCCCUCCCCUUUCCACCCAUCACCUCUCUUCUUCAAGUGCCCCACUGGCCCAACAUCUUCCUGCUGAUCACCAGGCCCUGCCGCACCAUAUGCCUGUACUGGGGGCUUCGGUGCAGAGGAUCCAUCAACAUGAAAUGCUGCAGAGGAUGGAGGUUCAAAGACGUAGGAUGAUGCAGCACCCUACACGAGCACACGAGCGGCCUCCUCCACACCCCCACAGAAUGCACCCAAACUACGGCCAUGGACACCACAUCCAUGUGCCGCAAACAAUGUCUUCCCAUCCUCGCCAACCCGAGCAGAGAACAGCAUGGGAACUGGGAAUCGAGACUGGAGUAACCGUGGCGCCGUUCCCUUCGGGGCACCUGCACUCCCACCUGCCCCACUACCACCCUCCCCCAAGGCUGCACCACUUCCCCAUCCCCUUCAUGCACACUGGCAUAUCUGAAGUGACCUACCCGCACAUUAGGUACAUCUCAUCUAGAAUGACUGGCUUUGGAAGAACCUAUGAGGACCUGCUGCAUUUAGAGGAAAGACUGGGGACUGUGAACCGAGGAGCCUCUCAGGGAACCAUAGAGAGGUGCACUUACCCACACAAGUACAAAAAGAAGGUGUUGGAGAGAGACAUUGACCAACAGUUAACCCCUGAAGAUUGGGCAUCUAUUGGGAAAAAUAUGCACGCAACCCCAGAAUCGAGAAAGCUGCAUGGAAAGCAAGACGAAGACGAGGUGGCAGACGAAGACACGGAGGAGAAAUGCACCAUCUGUCUGUCAAUACUGGAGGAGGGGGAGGAUGUCAGGCGCCUACCAUGUAUGCACCUCUUCCAUCAGCUGUGUGUGGAUCAGUGGCUCCUCACCAAUAAGAAGUGCCCCAUCUGCAGAGUGGACAUUGAGGCGCAGUUGUCUGCCGAGAGUUGAUGCUGUUUUUUCUUUUCUAACAACCCUUUUGUUGAAAAUUUAUUUUGAGAUCAUAUUAAUUUUCUCUUCAGUACCGCAGUCAACCAAAGAUGGCAUGAAUUACCUGCGCAGCUCUACUACGAGAAAAGAAAAAAGAAAAAAAAAAGUACAAAAAACAUCUGACAAAAAAGCAUUGAGCCUAGAGUGCCAGCUAUCACAUAUUACUACAACAGCUAGAUUUCUCCAUUAAGGGUUUAAGAUUUUAUUGUAUUUAUAAAGCUUUUAUGUAGCUUUCGAUUGUUUCCUCAAGUGUCAUUUUCAUUUCUCUGCAUGUUUCCUUGCAAUGCAUUUCUUUGCACAUAUUACGUGGGCUUAACACGGCCUAACAAGUUGCAGGUGAGGAUAGCUGCUCUAGUAAAGAUGCAUUUCUCUAAACCUAAUGCCUUGCUUUACUAGAAUAGAAUGUCAACAUCCAGUUUAAAAAAAAAAAAACAAAAAAAAAAACAACAUUGCAGGAUUCAUUUUACCAAUCAUUGUAUUGAUUAGUUUAUGUUUAGAAGAUGUGGAUUGUUAGUGAAAGAUGUUUGUUAAGAAAACCAAGACAUUCCUAACUAGGGAAAUAUGUUAACAGAUCAGCUGCUGUAUUAGUGCACACCCAGUAUUUCUAGAGUGGAAAUAAACUCCGAUGUUCACCUCACUCCCGGAAUAUGCACAUGCUUUGCUACGAUUACACCUCCCUCCCUCCAGCACAUUCAUUUGACUAAAACACCGUUAUCACCGCAUCUGAUGUAUCUUAGAGAAGAAGAAGAAGAAGAAGAAGAAUGUCACACCCCUGUCUUGACUGUUCUUUCUAAACUGAUUGUCGGGAUCUGCUGUGAAUCUUUUAUCCGUUCCGUUGGGUUUUCCUUCCUGCAGACCUGCGAUGCUUAACUUGGGUUUCUGUGCGAUGAUCUCAGGUCUAGACGUGUUAAAGAAAUUUCACACAAGCCUGCAGCCCGGGAUCAUUUUGUCAAUUGGAUAACUGGCAGUGGCGUUGACUUUUAAUUUCCUGUGUGUGCGUGUGUGUUCAGAUGGAAAUACACAGCUCAAUCUGAGACCGUUUGUUCUCACACUUCAAACCAUUUUAGCCACCCUCCCUUUUGUCUCUCUGUAGUUGAGCAGCGGCGUCCAUUUUGGCUGCUGCGGAAAGGAAAAAUAAAACACUAAUACUGUUGACUAAUUCACUCGCAUAGACUUGCACAAGAGAGAGAAAAAGGUAGGAGAGUAGUAGUGAAUAUGAGUGCGCUGAGGCCAUGUAUUUCCACUCUGAUGAACAUUGAGAAAAGGAGAAGCAGAUAUUUUGAGUGUUGAAAUGCAGUACUUAAAGCAGGUAUCCAUGCAUUCGUUGACUUAAAGGCACCAGGAUCAUAUUCUGUGGGAUUUAUAUUAGUUUUAAAAAAUAAUAUUAAUAAACUUGGAUAACUCUU